UAUCAAGAACCGCUCGUGGUAGUAGUUUGUCACCCCAGACGCGUGGACGUUAUUCAUCUUGCAAUUAGUUACAUCAUCUUCAGCUCUGAAGACUCGGUUUGUCAUGGUUUUUAAAGCGCUGGGCUGUGGCCUGGGUUGGUUUCUGGGUCUCGUCCCUCUGGUGUCCGCCCUUCCGGAGAAGACGAAUGGUAGUCCUCUCGUGGGAUCCAAGCCGUGCGGACUUCUUGCCGAUGCCGGUCUCGGCGGUCAGCUGUUCUUCCAGAGUGACGGCGAGUAUAACAAGACUCUCGAGACCUAUUACGGCGGCGAAAGCAAGGACCUGAGACCCCACUGCAUCUUGAAGCCGGAGACGGUAGAACAGGUUACCACCGCCAUCAAGACUCUCAACACACCCCAAGCUGGCAAAUGCUGGAACGUGGCCAUCCGUGCAGGCGGACACUCGAACUUCCCCGCCAGCAACACCGCCUCUGGCGUGACCAUUGACCUCGUCAGGCUGAACACUCUGAAUCUCAAUGAUAAUGGAACAGUCUCGAUUGGUUCUGGAAACAGGUGGGGAGAUGUGUAUCGAUAUCUCGAGCCCCGAGGUAUCAUGGUAGCUGGUGGACGCGAGAGCACCGUCGGAGUCAGCGGUCUGCUUCUCGGCGGCGGAUUGUCGUGGUACUCUGGCUACAUCGGCUUCGCUGUUGAUAGCGCUGCCGCUUUCGAGGUUGUUUUGGCCGACGGCAGCGUCGUCAGGGCGGCUAGCGACGAAAACCCAGAUCUCUUCAGAGCUCUAAAGGGUGGCGGGGGCAACUUCGGGCUCGUUACAAAGUACGAGCUGAGACACUUCCCCUCGCACAACAUAUUCGGAGGUAUCACGAUCUUCCCUUACACUGAAAAGGACGCGAUCAUGCGCAAGUUUGUUGAGAUGGUUGACGGCAACGCGAACGGUCACCCGGACGAUUCGGGCUUCGCGGCUGCUGCGUGGGGCCCGGCCAGCGGAAAGAUAAUGUCGUUCAUCGUGGUCAAUACCGAAGGACGGUCCAACACCACCGCUUUCGCCGGGCUCGAGGACCUGUCGCCUCUUGUCGAUAUGCGGGCCGACCUCCCGGUCACCGGCAUCGCGGCUCAGAUCACGUCCACAUCCGGCCAAUACCAAGUCUGGAGCACGUUGACGUAUCGCAACACGCCCGACAUGGGCCGGAAGAUCCUCUCGUCCUUCGAAGCCGUGAUCGAUGACGUCGAGCCCCUGAUCGACGUCAACGAGGAACUUCGCAUCAUCUAUCUGCUGACGCCGCUCCCCGCCUCGACUUCCAGUUACGGCGACAACGUCCUCGGGCUUAACAAGAUCCACACGAAGAGUUCGGUCAUCUUCAGCGUCCAGGCUAUUCUUCCGAGUACCAGGUACCGAGAUCUCCUGAAGCGAAGGUUCGACGAGGCCGUUGCCGAUAUCAAGACGUACGCCAAGGAGACGGGCCAGCUGUUGCCGUACCUGUACUUGAACUACGCCGGUCCCGAUCAAGAUCCUCUUGCCGCAUACGGAGAGGAGAACAUCCGCUUCAUGGAGGAAGUUGCUGCAAAGUAUGAUCCGGGGGGGUUCUUCCAGUACGGUGUGCAGGGCGGUUUCAAACUGGCGCAUCUUCGAUAGACGUUGUAGAACGAACCCCAAGACUAGCUUAGUGCUUUUGUUGCGCACACCACAAGACCGAAGCAGGUUGGAAAGUUGUUGAUGGAGGCUCGGCGGACGGUAUCAUUCCUGGGUCACGGCACGACGGCUAUGAGGAUCUGCAAGGCUCUUUAAUCACAGUUUCGCGGAAAUCUUGUGGGACAGCGUUAUUACGCAUUGUGAGAAGACACUCCAUGAUGUUCCAAUCAGGGAGGUCCAGUUUCGCAUCAAAACUCAGCAAGGCCUUCAAACACACCUAAAAUCAUUCCUACUUAUUUCUUUACAAGGGGUAUUCAGUAUCAUGGUUAACG